GGGACUUCCGUGUUGGCGGGAUUCUGAACGCUGCCAUGGCUCAGACCGUGCAGAACGUUACAUUGUCUCUCACUCUGCCCAUCACGUGCCACAUUUGCUUGGGGAAGGUACGCCAGCCUGUCAUUUGCAUCAACAACCAUGUGUUUUGUUCUAUUUGUAUUGAUUUGUGGUUGAAGAAUAAUAGCCAGUGUCCAGCUUGCCGAGUCCCUAUUACUCCUGAAAAUCCUUGUAAGGAGAUUAUCGGAGGAACAAGUGAAAGUGAACCUAUGCUAACUCAUACAGUCAGGAAGCACCUUCGGAAAACUAGACUUGAAUUACUCCAUAAAGAAUAUGAGGAUGAAAUAGAUUGUUUGCAGAAAGAGGUAGAAGAGCUUAAAAGUAAAAAUCUCAGCUUGGAAUCACAGAUCAAGACUAUUCUGGAUCCUUUAACCUUGAUGCAGGGCAGCCAAAAUGAAGAUAAACAUCCAGUUGCAGAUAAUCCAAGUAAAAUUGAUUCAGAAACUGUAGCAGAAUGGAAGAAAAAACUUAGAACAGCUAAUGAAAUCUAUGAAAAAGUAAAAGAUGAUGUGGAUAAAUUAAAAGAGGCAAAUAAAAAAUUGAAGUUGGAAAACGGUGGCCUGGUGAGGGAGAAUUUGCGACUGAAGGCGGAAGUUGACAACAGAUCACCCCAGAAGUUUGGAAGGUUUACAGUUGCUGCUCUGCAGUCCAAAGUAGAACAGUAUGAACGUGAAACCAAUCGCCUCAAGAAAGCCCUGGAACGGAGUGAUAAGUAUAUAGAGGAACUAGAAUCUCAAGUUGCACAACUAAAAAAUUCAAGUGAAGAGAAGGAAACUAUGGAUUCCAUUUGCCAGAGAGCACUUUCUGCAGAUGGCAAUGGGAGCAAAAGUAGUGAGGAGGAUGUGGCAUCAAAGAAUCAAGGUGAUAGUGCCAGAAAGCAACCUGGCUCAUCUGCCUCCAUUACUGUCCACCUGGCAAAGCCCUCCAGUGGCCGAAUCUCUGACACCAGUUCUGCCCGACAGGAAAACACUAGCAAAACAGAAUCAAACUGUCCUAAGAACAAAGAUAUGUACCAAAAACAAGUAGAAAUAAUGUUAGAUGUGACAGAUACAAGUAUGGAUACUUAUUUGGAAGGAGAGUGGAGUAAUAAACCAAAUGACUGUGUACCCUUUAAAGAUGAAGAGCUUUAUGAUCUUCCAGCCCCUUGUACUCCUUUGUCCCUUAGUUGCCUUCAGCUAAAUACACCAGAAAAUAGAGAAAGCUCUGUGGUCAAAGCAGGAAGUUCUAAAAAGCACUCAAACCAUCUCAGAAAAUUGGUGUUUGAUGAUUUUUGUGAUUCUCAAAAUGUUUGUAAUAAAGAUUCUUCAGAAGAUGAUACAAGUAGAAAUGAAAAUGAAAAAAAAUCAGAAUGUUUUACUUCCCCAAAGACAGGAUUUUGGGAUUGUUGCUCCACAAGCUAUGCCCAAAGCUUGGAUUUUGAAAAUUCAGAGGAGAACACAAUAGCAAAUUCUGUUGGAGAAAUAUCUUUAAAAUUGAGUGAGAAGUCAGGCUCAUGUUUAUCCAAGAGGCUGAAUUGUAUUCGCUCUUUUGAAAUGAACCGGACAAGAACAUCCAGCGAAGCAUCAAUGGAUGCUGCUUACCUUGACAAAAUCUCUGAGUUGGACUCAAUGAUGUCAGAGUCAGACAAUAGCAAGAGCCCUUGUAAUAAUGGUUUUAAGUCCGUGGAUUUGGAUGGGUUAUCAAAGUCUUCUCAAGGCAAUGAAUUUCUUGAAGAAUCUGAAAAGCUGGAAGAAAGAACUAAGCUAAACCUUUCCAAAAGUUCUCUAACUACUGAUCAGUUAGAAAAUGGAAAUGAAUGGAAACCUACUUCCUUUUUUCUCCUCUCUCCAUCAGACCAAGAAAUGAAUGAAGAUUUUUCACUCCAUUCUACUUCUAAUCCAGGAACUAAUGAUAUCAAACCCCCAAGCUGUUUGUUUCAGACAGAAUUUUCCCAGGGUGUUUUGUUAAGUAGUUCACAUCGACUAUUUGAAGAUCAAAGGUUUGGGUCAUCAUUAUUUAAGACAUCUUCAGAAAUGCACAGUCUUCAUAACCACCUUCAGUCUCCUUGGUCUACUUCCUUUGUGCCUGAAAAGAGGAAUAAAAAUGUGAAUCAGUCAACAAAAAGAAAAAUCCAGAGCAGCCUUUCCAAUGCCAGUCCAUCUAAAGCAACCAAAAGUUGACUGAUUAGGGAGGUGUUAUUUAUGGUUUUAUCCUGAAAGGAACAUAAAAAUUUUUUAAAGUUACUUUUUUCCCUUUAUAAAAGUCCUAGACGGUUUUGAAUUGAUGAUCUUUAAUCAGAUGCCAGGUCAGAAUGGUAACUUAACCUGUAUCCACUGUACUUAUUUCAUUUUGAAAAAGACUUUGGUCUUUUUAUUUUUAUUUAGAUAUCUUUUGGACCUGAGAAAGUAGUGAGAAAGUUUUUGUUUGAUUGUUUUCUUUUUAGUGAAUAUUAUGUGUAUCUGGGUUGGGUGGGUUUUGUUUCCUUGAAUUUUAUUUAACUGUUAGAUACAGUAUCUUAUUAAUGAGGCUCAGUUGUCUUCAAUACUCUAUUCUUAAGUGAAACUUUUAGUAUUUAGCUCAUAAGUGUUUCUUUAAAGCUUUUUCUAGGGUGUAGGUUAUUUGUGUGUUCCUCUUUAUUUAUGUUUUGUGAUGGCCUAUCUUUUAUGCAAGGCCUUAAUGAAGAAAUAGCACUCUGACUUCAGUCCAAUGUUCUUUUACUUUUUGUUAAAUUUUGCAUAUAUGUUUGCAUUUUUUACAAUUGUGCUUUGUCCAGUUUUUGUGAAAAUGUUCUGCUAGUGUGAAAGAAUAUAUUUUCUCUAUGAAAGUAUUCAUUCUAUGUCGGUAACUUAUAUAUGCUCAUCUUUUUGUGUCUAUAUAAAAUUAGAAAUUGAGCAUAAUUUGGAAGGAAGGCAUGGUUGAGUUUGAAGAAGCUUCAACAUCACAGCUUCAUUGUUCCAGAUGUAUAGGUACAGAAGCACUCUUUACCAAGUUCCUUGAUCCACUUAUAUCAUAGGGGAGGGAUUUUCAUAGUGAUAAUGUUCUUCUUUGCAUGUUACUGUUCUUUGUGGAAAUGCAUGGCAGCAUUUUUGCUUGCUCUAUUUUCUUAAAAAAUAUYUCUUUAAACUUCUUUUAAAAAAGAAGUUUCARUUGGCUAGUAUGUAGGACAACUUUUCUAAAUGAAGAGUUGAGGGGGUAAGGAUAGGUAAGCGCUAAGCACAAGUUUUAAUUUAGGCUCUGAAAAAGUAUAUUAUUCUGAACAUGUUUGGUAUGCCUAUAAAUGUCUUUAAAAAUGGGUUUGUAUGCUAAUGACUUGUUUAUCUAAUGUGCACUGAACAUUUUACAUUAAUACCUUAUUGUUUUACAUUAAUACUGCAUGCUUUUCUAUGUGAAUUGAAUAAAGAAUGUCAUAAGCACUGU